AUGGCCCAAGUAACGCGAGGGGCGCAUAAGCGACUCAUUAUUUGCUGCGAUGGAACAUGGAUGGACUCACUGGGCAAGAAAGGCGCCGAGCCCCAAUCAAACGUGACGCGCAUCUCGCGUGUCCUGAGACGAACAUGUCAGGACGGCACCCAUCAGAUCAUCAUGUAUGAUCCAGGCGUCGGAAGUUCAGAUAGCGUUGUCGACAAGCUUACUGGCGGCCUCUUUGGCAGUGGUCUAGACCAGAAUAUUCGGGAGGUCUAUAACUUCAUUUGCACCAACUACGUGGAUGGAGACGACAUCAUACUUUUAGGGUUCUCUCGUGGUGCCUUCACUGCGCGCUCUGUUGCUGACAUGAUCGCCACUGUCGGUUUGCUCACGCCAAUGGGACUCGAGCAAUUUUACUCUGUUUUCGAGGACUAUGAACAUAUGAGUGACGCCAAACGGGACACCAAACUAUAUUUGUUCCCGAACAUGCCGCCUUACAAGAAUGAACAAGGACAGGCUAAACGCCAGUGGGAGGCAAAGCGAAGGGCACAAUAUCAGGAAUGGCUCACAAAGAAUGGCUAUAGCAGACACACCUACCAGGAUGGUAAGACCGACAUCACAAUCAAGGCAGUUGGGGUUUGGGACACUGUCGGGACCUUGGGUAUUCCGCCGGCGCCAGUCUUUGUCUCGGACCGUGUAGAGAAUGCAUUCCAUGCUCUCGCUCUGGAUGAGCCCAGAUACGCAUUCAGACCGGCGCUCUGGGAGAAACGUGACAAUACCAAGACGAACCUCAAGCAGGUGUGGUUUCCCGGCACUCAUAGCUCAGUAGGAGGCGGAUGGCAUGAGCAGCAAAUUGCAAACAUAUCUCUCGCUUGGAUGUGCGACCAGCUUUCAACCAUCGGUGUGGAGUUCAGCCAAAGCCGAAUGGACGACACAUUCAAUCAAGGGUUACGAUACUCUGCCGGGCACCCUUUUGCAUACGUUCCUCAGAACUCCUGGACCUCAUGGUUCUCCUCAAAGACACCUCUUCUAUGGGCCAACUCGGCCAUCUGUUCCGUCAAGCCGUCAAGUGUCAAGAGAGACAUCGCUGAAUGCAGUGGGAAAGAUUCCCAUCCCACGGGAAGAAAAGAGGAACUCUGGAAACUUGCUCGUCCUUGGGCUCUAGGCAUAAUGCGCUACCCAGACAGCAUCAUACAGACCAUCGGCGGAGUUACAGUCCGGCACCCUGGCCUGUUUAUGCGCGCUGACCCCGAUACAAACCAAGACACUGACCAGCCUCUGCAAAACACUGAUGAAAGUGUACACAGCAGUGUCCGAGUCAGGAUGGCAUGUCAAGGCCUCGGUACGGACGACGGUGAGGUUUGGAGUUGCAAACCCUUGACACGCGCAGACAACGGCAGCGAGCUCUGGAGAAUAGAACGGGGUUCCGGCCUGAAGUCUUCCGAAAUCGAAAGAAUCAGAAAUUUCAAACCCAGGGAGCUAAGCCUUAGCAAAGAUGAGUACAACGGCGAUUUGUACACACCUGGGGAUGGGGAUGGCCAAUGGCGAUGGGUGCUUUCCGAAAAGCAGGGAGAAAACAAUUCUUCAGUGCGGGUACUGCCGGAGGAACCAAUGACUGGAUAUUGGGAGCGUCAUCUUCUUGCCUUGACAGCGGGAGCACCCGACGUAUGGAGGUGGGCAGAGGAUAAUUCUCGCCAAGUGUGA